AUGGUAAGUGCACCCAAGAAAGCCAAGAGGAGGCAGCAGGCGGAGGGCGGCAGCUCCAACUUGUUCUCCAUGUUUGAGCAGAGCCAAAUCCAGGAGUACAAGGAGGCUUUCACAAUCAUUGACCAGAACAGGGAUGGUAUCAUCAGCAAGGACGAUCUGAGAGACGUGCUGGCCACCAUGGGUCAGCUGAAUGUGAAGAAUGAGGAGCUGGAAGCCAUGGUCAAAGAGGCCAGCGGCCCCAUCAACUUCACCGUCUUCCUCACCAUGUUUGGAGAAAAGCUGAAGGGUGCUGAUCCUGAGGACGUCAUCGUAAGUGCUUUCAAAGUCCUGGAUCCUGAGUGUACCGGCACCAUCAAGAAGGAAUUCCUUCAGGAGCUCCUGAGCACCCAGUGCGACAGGUUUACCGCCGACGAGAUGACCAACCUCUGGGCUGCCUUCCCUCCAGAUGUGGCUGGCAACAUAGACUACAAGAACAUCUGCUAUGUCAUCACACACGGAGAGGAGAAAGAGGAAUAAAAUGACUCUGUCAACCGUCAUCCAUCACUCUCUACCUCAUUACCAUGUCAACUUCUGCCAUUACCGUCACUCCACGGCACACCCACAUUCUCUGUCUUCCCAUUGUCCAUCUGUUCUCUUCUCAAAGAAAGACUUAAAUGUUAAACUGGAGGACUGUUGGUGUUUGGGUAGUCUGAAUGUGAGUCGCAUGGAGCACAUGGGAUUAUUUUCAAUAAUCUAAAAUAAUCGAAUCACAGUCAGUCAGUUCUGUCCGCCAGUAUUUCCAGUAAUAAAUUUAAAAUAAGUAUGGGAGAUAUUAAAAGAGAAGUUACACCUCUAUAAUAGAGCAUCACUUUUUCUCUUCAUACCUCCCACUCAUUUUCUUGGAGAGAAAAAUUUAAGGAAGGAGGAAAGAUAUUGAGAAUAGGGAGAAGACACAGAGGAAGACAAGUGGAGGAUGAGAAAAAGAAACAAAAUAAAAUGUCUUUUUUUUUUACUUUUCCUGGCUUAUUCCUCUUCCAUUCCGAGGUCCUCAUUUCGUUCAGUUUUCUUCCUUGCUUUUGAUUCAUGUCUUUGUCCCAAACCACCUGUAACUCCAAAGUCAAAUAAAAAUCUUUUGUACUCCUUGUGUCUGUACUUGUCAAUAGGUAAUAAGUAAGGAGGUCUAUAAUACCUGGAAAGAUCUGUUAGCAUUCACAUUCAUCUCAAUGGCAUUUGUUUGGCUGGCACUAGGUAAGUUGGGACACCACUCAGAGUAGCACCAUUCUUUUGACAUCAGCGUGAUGAGGAAAGUGACAACACAAGUGAGUCAAGACAUUAGAGUAAUGAAUGUAAACACAUUGACAUAAUGCAUCCUUUUAAUCUCACUAUAAUAAUCCAUUUUUGCUGCAUUGUGACAUAAAUCAUGAAUGAACAUGGUACAAUGACGUAACAUUGGGCAUUUUAUGUUUUUUAAUUAAAGUAUAAAUAAGUGUAUUUAUUAAGCAUUUAUAACAUGUGAGUUACAGUGCUCACUAUUUGGCAAUUAUUGCAAGAAAAUUGUCCUUUUUAUUAAAGUUAUAUAAUCAAUGAUUUAUAAUGCAUUUGUAAGUGACUCAUAAGUCCUUAAAGAACCUUUGUGUGUGUGUGUGUGUGUGUGUGUGUGUGUGUGUGUGUGUGUGUGUGUGCGUGUGUGUGUGAGUGUGUGUGGGCAGGUUUAGGUGGUUUACGAGGACUUUUUUUAGGUUACAAACUGGUAAUUACAAGGGUAUGAUGCUAUAAAUGUGGUUUAUGAGGAAAUUUCUAGAGUCCCCAUAAUUCAAAUCAUUUUUUGAACAUACUAAACUAUGUUUUUUUUUUUUUUUUUUUUUUUUUUUGAAUAUGUAAAAAUGCAGAAAGUUUUUUUGUGAGGGUUAGGUUUAGGGGAUAUAAUCUAUAGUUCAUACAGUAUAAAAAUCAUUAUGUCUAUGGAGAGUCCUCAUAAUGAUAGCUGCACCAACAUGUGUGUUUGUGAGUGUGUGUGUGUGUGUGUGUGUGU